GAGAGAGAGAGAGAGAGAGAGAGAUGAUAAGAGUGAGGGAGAUAGAUAUGGAGAGGGACUUAGUCGCAGUGGAAGAGUUGGAGAAACGAGUUGAGGUUGGGUCACUUAUUGUGGAUGAGUUAGGUGACCCAAUGUUCCGGAUCCGACACGCACCGGACCACAUUAUGCUGGUGGCAGAGUAUGGAGAGAGCAAGGACAUAGUGGGAGUAGUAAGGGCAUGUGUUAAAAUGGUGACAAGGGGGAGGCCACCAACAAGCUCAAAACCAGCCUAUGUUAAGGUGGCUUAUAUUCUUGGCCUUAGGGUUUCUCCCUCACACAGACGGCGGGGGAUCGCGACUGCACUGGUAGAGUACGUCGAGACGUGGAGCUCCUGUCGGGGCGCCGCCUACGCUUACAUGUCGACCACCGCCGAGAACACCCCCCUCCCCCCCUCCUCCGCCGAGCUCCUCCCCCUCGACUUCCCCUCCCUCCUCUCCCACCACCUCACUCUCGGCUCCUUCCUCGUCGUCUCUUCCUCCUCUUCCUCCUUCGCUCUCCUCAGCGUCUUCGACUCUACCCGCGCCAUUCGCCUCCGAAUCGCCAAGACGCCAUCUCUCCUUCUCCGAACCUCAAUGGCAAUUCUCCGCGCCCUCGACGCCUGCAUGCCGUGGGCGCGCAUCCCCUCCGUCCGCGACGUCUUCAAACCCUUCGGCAUCUACAUCCUGUUCGGCCUGUGCAUGUCCGGCCCGGACGGCCCGAGCCUCCUGCUCUCCCUCUGCCGGUUCGCGCACAACCUCGCCGUGCGGAACCCCGCGUGCGCCUUCGUCGUCGCCGACGUCGGCUCCCGCGACCCCGCCCGCACCGCCGUCCCCCACUGGCGGUGCUUUUCCAGCGAUCAGGACGUUUUGUGCGUCAAGCGCCUUAGGGGUAAUACUAAUAUUGAUGACGACGAUGACAAUGACGAUGACGAUGACGAUUGGAUUGCAUCGCCUCCACCGUCCGAUAAAAUGAUCUUCGUUGAUCCACGGGAGCUCUGAUGGAUGGUCAAUGUGAGGAGCUCCUAUGUUCGAAUUUUUUAAUUUUUGUUUUAGUUUAAAAAUUUUCUAUUCAAAUUUCAGAAUUGUAUUGAACGGACGGAUUCAGAGGAAGCCCAAUCAGAUUGAAUGAGAAGCUCUUCAUUUUUUUUUUCUUUUUUGAUUUAAGUACGUACCGAUCGAGGGUAAAAUA